AUGGCUGAAGGAACCAAGGUACAACAGAUACUCACGACGACCCCUGAGAUUCGUGAAUCUUUCGAACGCGAGCUUCCCUCGCGCAAGGCGCGUAAAGAGAAUAUAGCAAAUAUGCCAGAGGCGUGCCACAAUCCGCGAUGCGGCCAGUUGCAAGCGCGAGCCACAUUGAAGACCUGCUCGCAAUGCAAGAGUGUUUACUACUGCUCGGAAAAAUGCCAAAAGGAAAACUGGAAGGAUCAUAAGAAACGGUGUAGUCCAGCAGGCGAGUCGCCUGCGGAGCUACCUCUCCGUCUCGCUAGGCGGUCUCUUGGGACAGAAAGACUUGUCGACUACCUCACAUACAUGGCACUCACAACCUGGGAUCUCCACAAAGACCAUAAUGCCGGAAAUGGACAGCUUCUUGAAGUGGUAUGCGAUGUUCAAGUGGCAGAUAUCAUGGCUCAUCUGUCAAGAGCGCUCUCUGGCCAGGGAGAAGAUGAGAACGCGCAGGUUUGCCUCAACAUUGAGCAAGUGCGGCCAGUAUCUCUCGACGAUCCUCGUGUGCCGGAGCAUAUUUCGCGCACAGCGCGAGACGUAUGUCGUGGAAUGGCCCGUGUGCACACCCCUAAUACUCCACUCGUAACCUUCUGGUUCACCGUAUCAGGCGGCCACCCAGAUGCAGCCCCGCCUUCAAGGCCUCGCUCACCUUAUGAAAGUGAUAACGAGGAAGCCCGAGCGAGAACUGCGGAGCAGAAGGACGCUCGAAGGAAAGAGAAGCAGGACGAAGCCCGGAAGAACUGGGAGAGGCAGUGCGCUGAAUACAAAAGCAAGGCCGAAAUAGCAGCCACAGUGAAUGCGCGCAAGAGUUUCACGCAUACGGCGAUGGUUCAGGCCUGGCAGACGCAAAAUGCGCGCGACCGGUCGUAUGAGAUAGUAGUCUCGGCGACAUUCGGCUCCAUCAAGGAAGAAAGGACCCCAGACUCUAUGCGCCAACAAUUCAAUAACUUCGUACGCAUGGACAAGAAGAAUAUUACGAGGCUUCGCGCGUAUCCGAACCCAUGA